AUGCCCAAGGACAACGGCCAGAACACCCGGAAGGGUGAUCAUUCUCCCUACAAGCGCCCCAACGCGACCACGAAAGACGAGAAGCCCAAGAUGCUCGGCGGCCAUCAGCCCACUAAUGGUCCACCUGCCGGUGUCGACGCUAUCACCUACUACCAGGGUGAAGUCCGUCGUCUCAAGGUCGGCCAUCAACACGCGAGCAUCGUCCUGAAGGGGGCCGUCGACGGUCUGCACGACGCCAACAAGGUGCUCAAGAAGACUGCUUCCGCCAAGGAUGAAGUUUGGGAGGAUUGCUGCCUGCCCUGCUUCAAGCGCGCCGGCGACGCCCACCUUGAGGCCGUCGCUGCCUCGCAGAAUUGGUUCAAGUCCGUGAAGAGUGCUAUGGACGCAUACCAUGCCGCAGCCAUGGAGCUCGAGGAGGCCGAGACGCGCCUCAAGGAGGCCUUUCAACGUCGUCACUCGCUUAAGAAAAUCAACAAUACGUUCCACACUUACCUGUGCAAAUCCGGUCGCCGUCUCUAG